CCGGCAGCCGUCGCUCCAAACCGGACCAUGCGCGCUCCUGGGCGCCCCCUCCUCCUGGGGUUGCUUCUGGUGCUGAGCUCGGCGGGGCCGGGCUGGGGGCGCGCGCAGCCCCGAGGGCCGGCGCACCGACAGACCCUGCUAAGGCUCCUCGUGGAGCUAGUCCAGGAGCUGAAGAAAUUCCACUUGGGCGAGGCCAAGAAGCUCCAAGUGCUCGCGGAACCGGACUUCGCCUUGGGCCGCAGGGAGGCGGCGGAAUACGGGGCCGACGCCGAGGAGCAGAGAGUGGAGAUUGUUCCCAGAGAUCUAAGGAUGAAGGACAAGUUUCUGAAACACCUCACAGGGCCUCUUUAUUUCAGUCCGAAGUGCAGCAAACACUUCCACAGACUUUACCACAACACUCGAGACUGCACCAUCCCUGCAUACUAUAAAAGAUGUGCCAGGCUUCUAACCAGACUGGCUGUCAGUCCCAUGUGCAUGGAGGGAUAAGCUGCAAAGGAGCAACGUGCCAGGAACCCUGAGAAGUGCCUUGGAAAACAACAGGGAGCAGAACCAUCUUCUUUACCAUUCCCUGUGGACAGAGAUUUAUUUUUGCAGAUAGACUUCCAUAAUUCCCUUGUUUUGUACGUUGACACUGUGCAGAUAUAUAUUCAGUAAAUAAGUGUACUUGACAAUGAUCCUUGUCACUAUUAAAAAAACAACAAGAAAACACUCUACAUUUGAUGUGUUGUGCUAGAAGAAAAUAUUUCAUUUUCCUGGUUAGGCAAAUGAGAGUAUUUCCUUAGAAACAUAGUCAGAAAUCUUAAAACUAUAUUUUCAUAGAGCAUACAAUAUGACUUGAUAUUGUUAUUACUUUUGCAAUUAAACUCCCUAAGUAUUACUUGGAACUGCACAAAAACUUAAAAAAACUAAGCCAAAAAACUUCACGUUUUGGAGAGAACAGAGAGUAUAAAUCUGCAUAUAUCCAAACGAAUCCCAUUUAUCCUAUGUAAGAAUGUAAAAUAGCAUCCCAGCUAUUGUGCAAUAUGUAAAUAAUGUAAAUAAAAACAAGUAAUAAAUGAAAUGUUUGUCAUAUGGAAUCUUCAAAGUGAUUUUAAAUGCUAAAUUUAGCUCUAGGAAUUUGUGACUUGCACAUCUACCAAGAGAUUCACUGGCAUGUCACAGAACUUAGGAGGCAUAAAUCAAACUUAAAGGUUCCUGUUUGCACAAGAAAAUUGGCAUUUUUUUUUUAAGUAGAGGUUCCUAAAUACUAGUGACAUUUCCUGAAAGAGCUAGGCUUGAUUUGAUAAUUGACACAAGUAAGCGCAUCUACUAUUCCCAUAUCUGUUAUGACAAGGCCAAACAAAGAGUAACUCUUUUAAGACUUCUCAGCAGUCCCAGACCUUUAUUGGUAGAGUUUAAACAAAUUUAAUUGAUCUAACUACAAAGGUCAGUUUCAUUUAGCAAGGCCAUUAAAUCCAGCAGUGUUUUCUCACCAGCCCUUGUAAGAUGGUGCUAUCUGAACCAGCACUAAAGAACAACACUAAGUCCUACAUGUUUGAGGACUUAUUUCAUAUAUAUGGAUAAACAUUAAAGAAAACUAGAAUUUUACUUGAAUGCAAGAAGGAAUUUGAGAUGAAAAACAAUAACAAGAAACCUUUUGGCCUCAUUUGACUAUUUCCUAUUCAUGGCUGACCGCUUAAGUUUUCAAUUCUUUUAAUUUACCCAAGUCCCAAUCUAACCUGCCCUCCUAAGUUUUCUGUAUGUACCAGUAAUUGCCCAGAAGCCAGACAUGGCUAGCAAACCAUUUUCCCUCAGAAGAGACCAGGUUAAGCUCUGUCCUCUGGCAAGUCAAGGGCUAAUCAGUCCUCUGCUAUAGGAAAUGGCAGCCCUGGCCUGGGAGGUGCCAUGCACCCAUGCCUCCUCUCUUCCUAUCAGCUUUUGAGAACAAGUCACAAUUUGACUAAAAAUUCUCCAGGAUUAGAGGUCAAAUGAACAAUGAGCAGGUCGCGGUUAAAGCAGCCUCUCACUUGCUGAACCUGAGGCCUGGCUGGGGCACUGACUCCGUGAAGGACAGCUCUGGCAAGGACGUUUCUAGGCAGUUUCCUGGAAGUUUCCUAUAACCUAAACCCACUACAUGGGGCAACAAUGUGCAGCCUCCCAAACAUUUACUUCCCAAUGAGGAUAAUACACAUACCACUACUGACCACGUGAGAAGGAACACAUAAGGGCAUGUUUGCAAAUGCUUUUUACUUGUCAAUAACAAAGCAGACCAACAGCAGAUUUAUCUUAUAUAACUCCAUAGUUGUUUAUUUUGAAAACAAUCUUUUCUGAAAAAUCCUUAUAAUUUGAGGUGAGCUAAUUGAUGGUAAACCAAAGUUACCUGUUUGCCUGGAAGUUACUAAAUGCUGAUGAAAGAAUAGUUACCAA